CGACUGCUGUUAUUACACACAAUUUCGCGCCAUUUCAAUGAUUACUACUUUUCAUUGCUGUUUGGCUUUAUUUAAAUAAUGCACGUACGUGUAAGAAUAUUUGGCAAACCCGACACCGUGGUCGCGGUUAACUCGAAACUAACUAAAAUAGAACAAUUUCGACAUAUCAUAAAUGAUACGUUUAACAUAGACCCAAAAUCUCAACGGCUGUUAUACGGCGGCAAAUUGCUGGAUGAUGGAUACACAUUCCAUGAUUACAACAUUAAACUUAAUGAUGUCAUACAACUCAUGGUGUGCUCACAACCCGAGGCAACUGCCGAGGUCAAAAAAGAGGCUGAACCCAAAACUGAAUCUAAAGAAGACAUCAAGACCAAAGAGAGGAAUUAUAUAGAUGCUGAAAGCAUAAUAUAUCAAAUUGGAGAUUUAAUUGACAUGAAAGAUCGUGAACAAGGUGCCUGGUUUGAAGGUAAAAUAGUGAGGAUAGUGCAGGAUCCUGAUGCGCCCGCUCCAGCGCCAGCCAUUACCAACACUACCACCACUAAAGAAAGUGCAGGGGAAGAAAGUGAUUCAGAGAACAAGCCUCCAAGCGACUCAGAAAACAAGCCACCAAGUGAGACUGCUAAUAGUAACUCUGCAAAACCAAAAAAGAAAGGUAUUGCUGAUUAUUUCACAAAAACGCCAAAGAAGAAAUCUAUUGAGAAAGUAGUGAAGCCUAAGAGUCCAAAGGAUCUGCCCACCAGCGGGCACUUGUUGUACAAAGUGCAGCUGGAUGACGAUGAUUCUGACACAUUCCACUAUUGUAAAUUGAAGGAGAUAAGACCAAGAGCAAGAACGGCCAUAGAUAUUAAAGAUCUGAAAGUAGGACAAACAGUUAUGAUAAACCAUAACCCAGAGAGCCCAUUAGAAAAAGGAUAUUGGUAUGACUUUAAAGUAGAAGAAAUAAAGAAACUGCGUCUUACUCAUGAGCUCAUGGGUACACUGUACCUGGGCCCCGAAGCAGUACCGCAGAAUGACACUAGAGCCCGUGUGCACGACAAAAUCUUCGCCAUUGAAGACAUCGUGCCGCUCGCCGAGAGAACUGACCAGUACAACCAGAUGAUGAUAACUCAACCUGACAAACGUUCAAUGCCUCUGAACUGCUUGACAUGCCGCGAUAAUGAAAAUGCGCGUUGUAAGGAUUGCGGAUGUUUCCUGUGUUCAGGAAAAGAAUUUCCUGAUAAAAUAGUGCUAUGCGACGAGUGCAACAAGGGCUUCCACAUGAUCUGCCUGGAGCCGCCGCUGACGGAGCUGCCGGAGGACGACUGGUACUGCCCGGAAUGCAAGCGCGACGCCAGCGCGGUGGUGGCGCCCGGCGCCAGCAAGCAGCGCAAGAAGGCGCCCGCCUCCACCACCACCAGGGACUGGGGCCGCGGCAUGGCGUGUGUCGGAAAGACCAAAACUUGCUCCAUGCCUGCCAAUCACUUUGGACCCAUUCCCGGCAUCGAAGUCGGCAUGUGCUGGAGGUUCCGGAUACAGCUGUCGGAGUCGGGCGUGCACCGGCCGCCCGUGUCGGGCAUCCACGGCCGCGACGAGGAGGGCGCCUACAGCAUCGUGCUCUCAGGCGGGUACGAGGACGACGUGGACCACGGCGACGAGUUCACGUACACGGGCAGCGGUGGCCGCGACCUGUCCGGCAACAAGCGCACCGCCGGCCAGUCCUGCGACCAGACCCUCACGCGCGAGAACAAAGCGCUGGCUCGCAACUGCGCGGUGGCUAAGGUGUCCGAGGAGGGCGGCGACGCGGGCGACGCGUGGCGCGCCGGCAAGCCCGUGCGCGUCGUGCGCUCCUACAAGAUGCUCAAGCACUUCCCCAAGUUCGCGCCCAAGGAGGGCAUCAGAUACGAUGGCAUCUACAAGGUUGUGAAGUACUACCCGGAGCGGGGGCUGGCCGGGUUCCGCGUGUGGAAGUACCUGCUGCGCCGCGACGACCCCGAGCCCGCGCCCUGGGCGCCCGGCGCCAAGAAGUACCCGGCCAUCUACCCCGAGGGCUACUUAGAGGCUGAAGCACUGAAGCUGGCACUGAAAGCAAAAAAUGCUAAGAAUGCCAAAGCGCAAAAAGCAGGGAAGAAACGUGCCAUCCGCGAGAUGUCCAGCUCCUCCGAGGAGGACGAGGCGCCUCCGAAGCGACGCAAGAAUAAUACUCCGGCGCAAAAGAAAAAGAGCCCAGUUCAAAAGAAUAAAAUAUUAAAAUUCACAUCUCCGACGAAAAAAGCGGCCGCGAGUGAAGCGAGUCCGCCAGUGAAGACCGAGAGAGGGCUGAGCGAGGAGGAGCGGCAGGUGAUCGCGGCCGACGAGCUCAACGCCAAGCUGUGGAGCGAGUGCCUGAUGGUGGCCGAGACGCGCGGGAAAAAAGAGUUCGUGGAGUACGUGGGCCAGAUGUUCCUGUGCAUCAUCUGCCAGGAGGUGGCGGCCGGCGCCGUCACCACGCCCUGCCUGCAUAACUUCUGCGGGGCAUGCCUGAAGUUAGCUUUCAAGUCGACGGGAGCGCGCACGUGCCCGUGCUGCCGCGCGGAGCUGGGUGCGGAGCCGGCGCACAACGCGCAGCUCACGGCCGCGCUGCGCGCCGUCAUGCCCGGCUACGACGCCGGACGGAACUAGCCACCACCGCCCGCCUACAGACCCACACUGCCUACCAGGUACAUGGAUAUUUUGCGGACACCAAACCGACCUCGAUUUUAAUUACCAGCGAUGAUUGUUUUACUUAUUUUAUUUUUUAAAGUUGAUUUUAACUGUUACCGAAUAACACAGGAGGCAUAUUAGUUAACCGUAAUUAACAAUAAAAGUAACGACUUGUUCUGAUACACUUUAUUGGAACAUGUUUUUCACAAGUUGAUUUAUCGGGGACUUCGCCCAGCGUCAGAUAUUAUGCAGAAUAAUGGGCAAAAUUGUUUUAAUAUACAGAGGUAAUUAAAUUUAUAACGUUUUUUUAAUGCUUAACUCGAAUCACCUGAGACUGAUACUAGAAUCCAUAGUACAAAUUUCGAUCAAAAUAUAACAAACCGUAAAACUUACGUACCUAAUACGAGUUGGGCGACUAAAUGAAACAAAUUGAAAUGUUCAACAAAAUUAUGCAAACAUUAUAAUUAAUAUCGAAUCAACGCCGCACAUAGACUAUAAUAAUUGGAGUUGAUUAUCUCAAUUUGUAUUAAUCAAAAUUAACUUCGAUCGUAUUAAUUUCGUCAUAAUUAAGCUAAAAUGUACCUACGUGAUUAAGUGUUAAAGACUGUUUAGUCUAAUGUUGAUUAUUUUACUACCUCUAUAGAUUUAAGCAGGCAUAUUGUAUUACAGGAAAGCUAAGAAAUGAUUCUCAGGCAAUGUGGCUUGUUCAUAUGACAUAUUGCAGCACAAGGUUAUAGAUAUAAUGAUAAUUAUACGUUAAGUAUUUAAAUUGUGUAAGAUGGGCAGCCCGAAGAAGCUGAGCUUCUGUUGCUGACGCUGCGCUCGACAAGUUGCACUUAAAAGUACAAGUCACAAAUAGAGCCUUGUAAUAAGGUAUUUACAGACAUCGUACAUUUCGUAACUUUAUCGGUGCAGCGUAGUUGAAUCAAAGGUUAGUAGUUGAAUUAAAGGUUAAACUUAUUGCUAAAGACAAUUUUUAGAGAGAUGCUCCAUUCAGGUUAGUUUAACUGUUAUUCAUUAUGGCCGGCUCAUGUAGCCUGGGUUCCUUGUGCUUGGCUCAUAGUCCCAAGAAUUGGCGUAGGCACUCGUUUCUACGAAAGUGCCAUUGACCUUCCAACCCAGAGGAGAAACUAGGACUUAUUGGCAUUACUGGUUUCCUUACGAUGUUUUUAUUUUUGCUCCCUUUGAUCCCUUUAACGCAACAAUGCUGCACUGCAAUAGAUACAAAAUUUACCAUAAAAUAUGCCAUUUAAUUAAUCUCCAUAAAAAAAUACUACACCGUAAAGUCAGUUUUUUGUUUGGCCAUAUACCAAUAGAGGAUAACGCUAAUGGCUGUGUACUGGUAUAUUGUGUCAAACGAUUGUGUUUGUCGAGCGCAGCGGUUAACCGCAAUAAAUCUUCGUAAGAAUUCCACUGUUUUUGUUGACGUUUUUUGUUUUUUAUUUCUUGAUUUUAGUGGAGAUCGCAAUGACGUUCUUAAUUGACCUUUUAAAUUAUGAGAAUACCCAACUGGCAAAUUAAUACAUUUUUUAAAUUUAAUAGAUGACUAGUUCUUUUUAUUAAUCUAAGUAUACUUUUAUAUAUUUUACCUCGCGAAAAAAAAAAUACACCCUUCAAUUAAAUUUUAUCAUUUCAUUUGUAACAGUAUGCUAGUUGGGUACAUUUUCUUAGCACAUACUAUUUAAUUUUUUUAAUAAAAUUUUAAAACUUUAA